AUGGCACCCAUCCCAGGAAUGACUGGAGAGCCCGCGCGCUUUGAGAACCACUACAGCAAGCUCGAGAAUUCCCACGGGCUCCAGGGUUGGCCCCUCUUGCCCGUCUUCACUGCCAGCAUUCUUAUUGCGCUUAUUGUUGUGGGUAUCGUCGCCCACGUUUGCUUCUGGGGAAGAGACAGCCACCCGCAAGCUGCAUCUUCCGAGGAUAAGAUGAAGAUGGAGAACACCAAGGAAACCCGCUCCGAUGGCUGGAUGUGUUUCAUUCUGGCCUGCCAUGCUGUCAUUACCCUCGGUGUGGUCUAA